AUGAGGUCCCUUUAUCUUCAGUUGGAAUUAAGUUUGUCUUUCAAUAAUGUGCGUUAUAAAGUUCCGAUUAGCUGUAAAGGCUUUUUGACACAGCCGGAACCCGAGAAGGAAGCUCCUACCUAUGAUUAUGACUGUGCCGAUUUCUUAUACGUAAUCUAUCCGAACAAACUAGAGUUUAGUACUGAAAUGAACGAAGAGCAGUUUCUUAUGGUGGCCGUGCAUAAUUACAAUCAAAAGUGCAUGGACUUUAAGUGGCAACCAUACGUCAUCAGCCGAUACUUUAGCUUUAGUUUUGAACCAAGUGAAUUUAACUUGAAAGCUCAUCAUUCGCGCUUAUGUAUAGUGUCAGUGAGGACUUACGAUAAGCCAUUGCACUUUAAGCGUAUACCUGCUAUCUUGGAAGUGCAUCGCAUACUCGACAAGUCUACUCAAAUUGCCAAACAAUUAUUGACCGAAGUCGAAUCAAUUGACAAUCCCAAAUGGCGGCAAGAUAGCUUUGUGGAGCAUGUAUUUCUUCACAUCGAUAUAAAGGUUAAUUUGCCGAAAGAAAACCCAAUUAUUAUAAUGCCAGAAGCCGAUCAACAAAAAUUUACCGUGCCAUUGCUCGUUCCCUUUACGAAGUCAUUCCACACUUUGGACCAAGGCUCACAGACUGGGCAUAAAAAGAAUGCCCAAUGCAUUACCAUCUUUGAGAAAUUAUUUUGGGAAUACCUCUCUAAGUCGAGUUAUAUGCGAAACACUUCAAAAAUACCAACAAAUCUCAGCUACAGUGAAGUUAUAAACGGUUUCACAACCAUGAAGAAAGGCUCCCAAACCAGUACAUAUGAUGUCGAUAAAUUGUAA